AUGUUCCACUUAGCGCUGUCGCUCUACACGCAAUACAGCAGGCGAGAACAGUAUAACGUCCUUAUUCUAGGACUCGACAAUGCCGGGAAAACGACGUUUCUCGAGCACCUCAAGUUGCUAUAUCCCUCUCCAAAUGAGACCCUGGCGCAGCAGACCAAACGUAAUGCCAGUGCUGGAAGGCGAAUUGAUACAGAAGAGGAGUCUUCGAGUCAAGCAGACUCAGUGAAGAUUCUCAAGGGAAAGAGAAUCUUGCCGACGGUGGGUCAGAACACGACUACAGUGAGGUUCAAGCCUAGUGAGAAUGCAAGCAGUGCAGCUGCUAGUCUAAAGAACAUCAACCUCAAAUUCUGGGACUUGGGCGGUCAGCGACUGCUUAGAAGCAUGUGGUCUCGUUAUUACCGUUCAUGCCAUGGUAUUAUAUUCAUUAUCGACUCCACAGAUACAGACCGGUUCAGUGAAUGCUAUGAUUCGCUUAUGGAAAUCGCCAACGACUCGCUGUGGAAGGUCGACGGAGGAGAGAGUGUCAAUGUGCCUAUAUUAAUGUUGGCAAACAAACAGGAUUUGCCGCAGGCGGUAGACUUGGUGUCUUUGAAGACCGGAGUGUUUAUAGAGGUGGUGAGCCAGCUUGAGGCGACGGAUCUGAAGUUGUUGCCGGUGUCCGUCCUUGAGAAUCAGGGAUUGAAGGAAAGUUUGGAGUGGUUGGUGACGAGGUUGGCAUACAACAAGGGUAACCGGAAGCCAGAGUACAAAUAA